ACUACCAAUAAAGCAAAACAAACCAAUUGGCAUUUGGCAGCGGCGGAAGACUUGGAACUGACGUGGCGGCUUCAAAGAGUCAAUUACCAAAAAUCGGCGACUAUCUACCCGAGGACAGAGGAUGCGGCGGCGGAAGACUUGAUGGGCGGUCGCUGACUUGAACCAAAUUGAAAGAAACCGAAUUCAAAGAUCACUCUGAACAAAUUGGUAUGAUGUGUGCGGACAACGCUGGAGCAACGUUCUAGUGCACAUAAAACCCUAGUUCACAUUACCACAUCCGUGGUCCGGGUCACUGUCCAACCGGAACCAAACAUAAAGGAAGGGAAAGGAAACUCUCUAUGUAUUAUUCUCUGUUCUAAUUUUAUUUUGGCUUCUUGUGUUCUUGUGGAUCAUUUGACUGCUCAGGCAAUGGAUAAUGGAGUAAGUUUUUUCCCCGGUUUACAUUAGCAUCUGAAUAGUCAAGAGAUUGUUCGUGUGAUUUGGUUUAAUUUACAUGUAAUGCUAGGUCAUAUUUACUUAAUUAAAAUUUAUGGCUUUGUAGUUCAAUUUAGUUGAUUGAUUUCGUUAUGCAUAUUGGACUAGUAGAAUGGUACAGCAAAUCCAGGAGGAAUACCGAUCAAUUCUCUACCACUCUUAGCAGUGGUAAAGCACUGUUCUGGAUUUUUGCAUUAGAAUAAUCUCGGACUGGGGAGCUCUUUUCUUAAUUUACUUCUUUCAGUUGUAGUUUCAUGGAUUUCACACAGUAGAGGCAUCGAACUUCUAUAUGUUAUUUUGUGCAAUACUUGUAAACUAAGAUUACAUGAUUUUUAGUUUGGGGUUUGUUAAGAUUAUUUUUAGUUGAUUGUUGAAAAUUGUGUUUUUUUUCCCACAGAAAUCGUAAUGGGUUACUUAAUGUUGUAGACAGACAAGUCUUUGGAAUCCAAGAAUUAAGUGUAUUAACUGUUUUUUUUUAAUUUGAAAAACGUUGGUUAGGGCUUGGCUGAAAAGAUAUUAUCUGUCCAAAUUACAUCCGGUAGGAUAGCUUACUUGUUUCAGUGACCUGGAUAUUUUGGCGCCAGCUUCUUAUAGCAGAAUCGUUUAAAUAUUUAAAGCCAGCAAGAGAACAACAACAAUGGUUAUGCUUCAACCAUUCCGUGUUUCACUAUUCACUCACUUGCAUCGCCUCCCUUUGCUACCCUCAAGCCUCUCUAGAAAACUCUCAAUCCGACUACCCCCAAAUCUCUCUUUUUUAUUUUCUUCCAUUCCCAAGCUCCAUGCCACAUCAGAAGAGAAUACUAAUGAUCACAUUAUGGUGAUGAAGAAAGAUGAGAGGGCGUGGGUGUCUGGAAAGCUGAACCCUUCUGACCACACCAUUGCCAAUUCAAGCACCAUUGCAGCUAUUGUCACCUCCUUGGGUGGUCCGCCGGCUUCCGUUGGGAUUGUCCGGCUUUCAGGGCCUUCUGCUAUUUCUAUUGUUAGCCGUCUUUUUCGUUCCAUGAAAAAGAAGAAGUUCAAGGAGUGUACCUCUGUGUGGAGGCCUAAAAGCCAUGUUGUGGAGUAUGGUUUAGUUUCUGAUUCUUGUGGAAAUGUGAUUGAUGAGGUUUUGAUGGUUCCCAUGCUAGCUCCAAAAUCAUACACUCGAGAAGAUGUGAUAGAGCUUCAGUGUCAUGGGAGUGAAGUAUGCUUGAACCGUGUGUUGAGGGCUUGUCUUGAGGCCGGGGCUAGACUUGCUGAGCCAGGUGAGUUCACUCUUCGUGCAUUCUUGAAUGGGCGUUUAGACCUUUCUCAAGCUGAGAAUGUGGGAAAGCUUGUAUCAGCUAAGUCAACGGCUGUUGCUGAUUCUGCAUUAGCAGGAAUACAGGGAGGCUUCUCUUCUUUGGUCAAAUCUAUAAGGAUGCAAUGCAUUGAAUUGCUUGCUGAAAUUGAAGCCCGUUUAGACUUUGAUGAUGAGAUGCCACCUCUUAACUUGAACGUAAUGAUGGAGAAAAUAUAUGGGAUGGUGAGAGAUAUUGAUAGUGCACUGGAAACUGCUAACUAUGACAAACUUCUGCAGUCUGGAAUACAGAUAGCAAUUGUUGGUAGACCAAAUGUCGGGAAAUCAAGUCUACUUAAUGCAUGGAGCACAAGUGAGAGAGCAAUUGUUACAGAUAUCGCGGGAACCACAAGGGAUGUGAUAGAAGCUAAUAUUUCUGUCUGUGGCAUCCCUGCUAUCCUUCUUGAUACAGCCGGUAUAAGGCAAACAAAUGAUCCAGUGGAGAAGAUGGGUGUGGAGCGAUCCGAAAAGGCUGCUGGAAGUGCUGAUGUAAUUGUAAUGGCAGUUAGUGCUACAGAAGGUUGGACUACAGAGGACGCCACACUUCUUGAGACAAUUCAAAGCAACAAGGCAUCUUGUGGGUCUAGUUCUCCAAUGAUUCUGGUAGUCAACAAAAUAGACUGUGCACGGCCUCCUGAUUUGGUUGAUGCAUUUGGUGGCUUCCCCUUCAACAAGAUGAUCUUUACCUGUGCGCUCACCGGUCAAGGAAUUCAAGAUCUGGAGGCAGCAAUUGCGGAGAUUGUUGGCCAAGACAAAAUCCCUUCCGGGGGUCGUAAAUGGACAGUCAAUCAGAGACAGUGGGAGCAGCUGAUUCGAGCCAAAGAUGCACUCGCCAGGCUCAAAUCUUCAAUGGGGGAGGAGCUUCCCCUUGAUCUAUGGACGAUUGAUCUAAGAGAAGCUGCUAUGGCCCUUGGGCAGAUUAAUGGAGACGAUUUUUCUGAAGAGAUAUUGGCCAACAUAUUUGGCAAAUUCUGUAUAGGGAAAUAGUUUUCUUAUUUCUUUCGGUUGUUGACUGCCCAUUUAUACCCCAAACAAAUGACUCUCUUUAUGAUCAGAAAAGGGAUUUAUCUUUGUUUUCCCUUUGUUUUUGUUUAUGGUUGAGUCUGUUUGGGAGCUGUUAUAAUAAAACUGAAAAAGAAAAUGCUCCCCAGGAAUAUAGCAGCAACAUCUGA